AUGUCCGCUUCUUUCCGGGGUGGAGACAACAGCCAGAGCUCUCCGCGUGCCCAACUGCGUGGUGGAGGUCUGCAGUGCUCCCCGUUGCUGCCGUACACGUUCACAUUCUCAUCGACGUCACCGUCGACCGUCGUGUCGUCGUCUCUUGCCAAUUGCAGCCCUCGCCGCCGUCGUCGUCCUCGGUCGUCGUCGUCAUCUCAGGUCAGCCGACGAACGACCAACAAGCUGCUGCGUCGUCGAGGAACGUCGCCGUCGCCUUCGCAAUUGUCGAACGUCGUCGCCGCCGCUGCCGCCGAGGUCGAAGCUGCCGUCGCUGAGGUGGACGCCGCUGCCGCUGCCUCUGCCUCUGCCUCUGCUGCUGCCGCUGUCGCAGUCGCCCCUGACGUCGACGAGCCGGUCAUCGUUGAUGUUCGUCGUUGCCGCCGUCGAGCCGCGCCGCUUCCGCCGCAACAGUACUCGCAGCCGCAACCGCUGUCUCAACCUCAGCUGCAACCUCAGUUUCAGUCUCAGCCGCAGCUCGAGCUACAGACCCAGUCGGAGCUGCCGCCGCAGCCUCACUUCGAAUUUGAACCUGAGCCUCAAUCGCAACCUCAUCAGCUUUAUCAACUGCGCCAACCGCGGCAAUCUCCUCCACCUGCUGUUCAACAUCAACCUCCUCAGCCUCGUCGUCCUCAGCAGCAGCGCCUGCGCUCACCAGCGUUGCGUUCGAUGUUCCCCAUCCGGUGUGUGGUCGAAACGGUGGCCGACGGCCAGUGUACGAAGUGCAGCGAAGGCGGCACGGUCAUCGUCGACUCCUAUGCCAUCGUGUCCGGUCAGACGCCGCUGUCGCAGUUGGUCGAGACGGUGUUGGCUGCCCUUGGUUUGCAGCACCUGUCCUAUGGCGCUAGAGCGUCAUUCAUUCAUUCGUUCCACCCGUUCGUCACUCCAUCACUCAAGACGUUCCUUGACCUCCGCCCUGAACCCCUGUGCCCGUUCUUUUCGCGCACGAGCCGUACUUAA